AGUUUGGACCGGAUAUUCCGUCCUUAACUGCUUUUAUGGCGGCAGACGACGGUACCGGUCUCCAUGGACACGGUUAUGAAAUCUUUCACUCACGGCGUGAAUUCAUUGAUGGGCUGCAGAUUGUAUGAUCCGAUACUCUGAUCGGAAAACUAUCGAUCCUCCUGGAAGCUCUUCUCUCUGUGACCUGGCUGGAACAUGUCCGUAGUAACAGUGCAGCUCGGUCAGUGCGGGAACCAGGUGGGUCAUGAGCUGUUUGACGUCGUCUGCGCUGAUGCUCAGGACGGACAGAGGAAGGCGUACAGCACAGCCAGCUGUGAGCGCUUCUUCCACCAAACCACACAUGGAGCAGACCUUGUUGCCAGGGCGGUGCUGGUUGACAUGGAGCCUAAAGUGAUCAACCAGAGUAUCAGCAGGGCUGCAAAAUCUGGCAGGUGGAGGUACGGAGAGACUUCACACUUCAGCCAGAAGCAGGGCUCUGGAAACAACUGGGCAAACGGGUACUGUGUCCACGGCCCUCGUCACAGAGACAUGGUGGAGGAGCUGGUGAGGAGAGAGGUGGAGCGUUGUGACAGACUGGCCGGGCUCAUGGCCAUGAUGAGUGUGGCAGGGGGAACUGGGUCCGGCGUUGGGACCUACGUCACUCAGUGUCUCCGAGACAUCUACCCCAGCACCUUCAUCCUGAACCACCUCACCUGGCCAUACGGGACUGGUGAGGUGAUUGUCCAGAAUUACAACUCUGUCCUGACGCUGGCUCAUCUCUACAAGUUGUCGGAUGCCAUCCUGGUGCACGAGAAUGACACGGUGCACAGGAUUUGCAGUCAGCUGCUCAACAUCAAACACAUUUCCUUCGGUGAUGUCAACAGGGUUAUUGCUCACCAGCUGGGCAGUGUCCUGCAGCCCGCACUCACCGCUGACUCCCAUGGAGUGUACAGCAGAAAUCCCCUGGGUGAGCUGGUGAGCAGCCUUGCAUGCCACCCAGAGUACAAGCUGCUGAGCGUGUCCACUAUCCCUCAGAUGCCGAGUGCCUCCAUAGCCUACAGCACGUUCAGCUGGCCGGGCCUGCUCAAACACCUACGACAGAUGCUCAUCUCCAACACCAAGAUGGAGGAAGGUAUAGACUGGCAGGUGCGCCCCACUGCAGGCUCUGAGAGGACGAGUAGUCUCACAGCACCCAGCUUUAACACCUCUCUGGCCAACCUGCUAAUACUGAGAGGGAAAGACGUCUACAGUGCAGAGACAGGUGCCUUUGAGGAUCCGGCCCUGUACACGUCCUGGCUCUCAUCACAAGAAGCGUUCAACUUGUGGAAAUCCCCCGUGCCUUUUAAUAAAUAUGAAAAAUCUGCCACGGUGGUCAGCAACAGUCAGGCUCUCCUCAGACCUCUGGAUAACAUAGUGGGAAAAGCCUGGAAUAUGUUUGCAUCUAGGGCGUAUAUCCAUCAGUACGUUAAAUUUGGGAUCUCAGAGGAAGACUUUCUUGACAGCUUCACAUCUCUUGAGCAAGUCAUUUCCAGCUACAGUCAACUAUGCUAGGAAUGGGGGG